AUGUUGUCGCCAGUGUCCUCGGUGGGUGUCACUCCCCGGAGUUGGACCCUGUGCGGUGCCGUGCUCCUGUUCGUCCUUCCGAUGAUCCCCAUGCCGGAGGCGCUGCAGCACACCGAGGAGGGUCUGGAACUUCUCUUCCGGGAGCGUUCCCAAUCUGACUGGGAGAAUGUGUGGCACCAGGAGACCCAUUCUCGCUGUCGGGAUAAGCUCGUCCGGCAACUGUACUGGGCCUGUGAGAAGGACAUUUACCGCCUGACGCGACGCAACAAGAAGAGGACAGGAAAUGACGAGUCCUGGAUCAAAAAGACAUCCAAAGACCCCAAUGGCUCCACCUGGUUGCACGUGAACUUCGCCAACAUGUUCCUGCGGAGUCGCCGCUCGGACGCCCCCUCGAUCACGAACGAGUGCUGCUCGAAGCCGGGCUGCACCUGGGAGGAGUACGCCGAGUACUGUCCGUCCAACAAGCGGCGGAAUCACUACUAACGGGGCGAUGUCCCUCCUCCGAUUAUCC